UGUCUUCCUCUUGCAGCCUCUACCGUGCCUAUUAUCAACUCCACCUCAUUCAGCCUAAACCUCACAGUACCCCGGGAACAUCUGUAUUCCAAACAGGUCCUUUUGGUGUGGCGAUGGCAUCCCCACAAACCCCCACCUCCGAUACAGGUCACGAACUACUUCAUCACAUACCAGCAAGAAGGAAGCAACUCCAAGACGGUCAUUACGGUCGAUAGCGCCUUUACAUCGGAAACCUUAAGGACCUUGAAACCGAAAGAGCCUUACAGGGCAUUCAUCAAGGCAGUUCUCAACAGCACAGAUGUUCCAUUUGUAGACAGCGCCCUCACGUAUUUCCAUACUCCAGAACAAAGAUUUAAACGGAGUGAUAUGGGUGUCACGGAAUUCAUCAUACUGUUUCUAAUCUUUGCACUUUGGGGAUUGGCCAUGCUAAGAUUUUUCGGCACGUGGAACAAGAAAAUGAAUUUGAGAGUGACCAAAGACUCGAUAAGAACUCGAGACUCCUCGCCGACCCACCGCCACUUGGAAGCGUAUAAAAUGUACAAAAAACGACGUUCUGCUCAGCAGGCUAAACAGUCUCGAGAAAGGGAACAAGGUGAAGCGGGUAGUAGCGGUGGCGGUUUCGGAAGAAGCUGGCAGCGGUCGUCCACCAUGAAAAGCUUCCGGGCUCGUGCGUCAAACUUCUCCAAAAGGACUAGAUUCGGAUCGUCGAAAUCCUCGGCCCCGCCGUCCCCGCUACCGACCACACCGGAAUGUGAACCGCUGCGGGCGGAAGAACAGCUAACAGCGCCCCAUCCUAUUCUACAGCUGCAGAAGCCGCAUCAUGAACAACACGAGCAUCGUCUUCACCAUCAUCAACCGCAUCAACACACAAAAGACCAACCGGUCAAUGUGACUCCACCGCGGUCUCAACCGCACGCGGCGGCUGCAGCAGCCGCUGCGGUAGUAAUUGGUGUGCCUGUUCAUGUGUCUUAUGAAGCAGCCGGUGGUAGCGGUGAUGGGUCCCCAACGGCAACGGUUCGGCUGAGCCCUGACCGGAAUCCGCAUUCUAUUAUAUGAAACACUUGUGACGCCGCCUUAUGAAGGGAAACCUGGUUUAUUGAAGGGCCUCCUAACGAUGGCGAUGCUGUUCUGUUUCUGGGUGCUCGUCGUUCUCCUCUUCUGGAGGCAGUGGCGAAUAAUCCGCCAGCUCGAGCCAACGCAGGCUAGCCGGAGGUUCCAAAUCGUCGACGACCAAGAGGACGAAGUCGACACCAGCGGCCGCCGGAGCAGUGUCUUCGUACCCUACGAACCGCAAAACAUCGAGUCCAUACGCGUUGUGAAGAAGGUGAAAGACAGCGUCAUCAGCGGGGGAAGCCCGAAGCGCUCGUCGUUGAAACCGGCGUGGCCGGACAUCGAAGAAGAUGACGAGGAGGUCGAGUCUGAUGACGGUGACGUGAAGUUAUCGACACGAAGUUGAUUGAUUUAUAGUGGGCUUCUAUACCUGAUGUGUAAACGGAGUCCACGAAGCUUGCCUUGAUUGUAUUUACUGAAUGUCUGUACUGAGAGACUGAUACGAAACAUACAUGUCUGAAUUUCCACCAAUGUAUAUACAUCACCUUAGCUAAUUCUCUUAUCUUAUGCAUUUCCUCUGGUGUAAUAGUCUUAAUUGGAGACUCUUAAGAUACCAUGAGGUUCCCCUGCAAUAGCAACAAUAAUGUGUGGAACAAUAACCAAAUAUUUUAGACUAAAACAUUACCUAUUUUUAUUAAGGUAACUAUUGGCGACCUUUGAAAUUGCACAAGGUUCGCCUGAUGUAGCAACAAGUUGAUCUGGUAUAGGUAACCAUAAUCAAUUAUGUUCAAAUUUAUCGAUGAUUAAGUAACAUUUGGCGACCAUGAAGGUAGCAAAAGAUUUGC